AUGCGUGUUUGGACAAUCAUCUAUUCUAUUGUGUCUCUGUCCGCGUCGUUGGUUCAUGGAUAUGCGAAUCCAUUGGCAUGUACGGGCGUGUGUACCAAUGCCCAUGAUCCCGCGCUGAUCCGCCGCGACGAUGGGACAUACUUUCGCUUCUCGACCGGCGGGAAGAUUGCGAUCCAUUCUGCUCCGAGCAUCACGGGGCCCUGGGUGUACAGAGGCGCGAUACUGCCGAACGGGUCGAAGAUCAAUAAAGCGGGGAACCAGGAUCUAUGGGCCCCCGACGUAGCCAAAGUAGGAAAUACCUACUACCUCUACUACUCAGUCUCCACCUUCGGCGUGCAAGACUCAGCCAUCGGCGUCGCGACCAGCGCCUCCCUCGACGCCAACACGUGGACCGACCACGGCAGCACGGGCAUCGCAUCCUCAUCCGGAAAACUGUACAACGCCAUCGACGGCAACCUCGCCCACGACGGCUCCAACUACGUCAUGUCCUUCGGCUCCUUCUGGAACGGCCUAUUCCAGGUGCGCAUGAGGAAUCCGCCGUUGCAGACCGCGGAUGGGGCUAGCAGUGUGAAUAUCGCGGUUAAACCUGAGGGGGAGCAUGCGCAGGAGGCGGCGUUCGUGUUUCGGUAUGGGGGUUAUUAUUAUUUGUUUUUCUCGGUGGGCAAAUGUUGUGGGUUUGAUAAGAGUCGUCCGGCUCCUGGGGCGGAGUAUAGGAUUCAGGUUUGUAGGUCGAAGAGUGCGGGUGGUGGUUAUGUUGAUAAGAGCGGCAAGAAGUGUACGGAAGGCGGAGGCACGACGGUCCUUGAGAGCCACGGGUUCGUAUAUGGCCCUGGCGGUCAGGGCGUGUUUAAUGAUCCUAGCUUGGGACCGGUUCUGUACUACCACUAUGUCGAUACUCGUGUGGGGUAUGCCGAUGGGCAGAAGCUAUUUGGCGUCAACAAGAUUGACUUCUCGAGUGGAUGGCCGGUUGUAUAA